CCAAAACCAAAUUGAAAAAAAAAAAUACUAAUCCUUUCUUCAGCUUCAACAAAAUGUCUGGGCGCGGCAAAGGAGGCAAGGGUUUGGGAAAGGGCGGAGCAAAGCGCCACCGCAAGGUGCUGAGAGAUAACAUUCAGGGGAUCACAAAGCCGGCUAUCCGCCGUCUGGCUCGCCGUGGUGGUGUGAAGCGCAUCAGCGGCCUUAUAUACGAGGAGACUCGCGGCGUUCUUAAAAUCUUUUUGGAGAAUGUGAUCCGUGAUGCCGUCACCUACACCGAGCACGCUCGCCGGAAAACUGUCACCGCUAUGGAUGUUGUGUAUGCUCUGAAAAGGCAGGGCCGUACUCUCUACGGCUUUGGCGGCUGAGAUCUUAGAAAUGGUUGUAAAUGGCCUAUUUGCUAGAAUUUAGGGAUUUCAGUGUUUCUGAAAUUUGUUAGGCUCAAUUUGAUUGUUACAGUUUCUCUUAGAUCUUAUGCUUUGCUUGUGUUGAAAUUUGAAUGAAUCUUUUAAUUUAUCUCA